AUGUCGGAUACCUCAGAUUUGGAGCAGCUGGAGACAGCGUUCAAGCGUGCCAAGUAUCCAGAUAUAUCCAUCUUGGAGGAGCUGAGCGGCCAGAUGAGAAUUCCCAUGGACAAGAUAGCAACAUGGUUCCAGAACAGACGCGCUAAGUUCAAACGAGACGCCAAGAGUGACCACAAGCUGUGGAUGAGGGAGCAGGUGUUCCAAAAGGUCGACAAACCCUGCGGUAGUGUUAAACUAGACCAUGUCAUCAGCCCGAUAGAGCCCAAGAAUGAGAGGCUACCGUCUUCAAAUGUGCAUCAUUUGCCCGAGACAACACACCAACCCUUCCUGCCGUCGAUAAACCCGUACAGUCAGAUUCCCGUUACCAGGAGCGACCAAUCACUCACAGAUUCCAACAGUCACGUGCCGUACUUUCCACCAAUCGUAACACAAGAGUACCAGCAGAGCCGCAUUUCGCCAACGACAACAACCAACUGCAAUCGGCUUCCUCCGUACCAGACAGGAACACCUUACUACUCAGCGGAUGCAAGUGUUUUCGAACCACUUCCAUCAUACGGGGAUCCAACAACUCGCAGCUUGACGAAAAGUUCAUUAGAUUCGUCUGGAUUGACUUCGACUGCCUCUUCUGUUACGAAUAUGGCCAGUGGACAGAACUAUGGUGCUUACGUGAACCGCAGUGCCUUCCUGCACUACCCGAAUCCGAUACGUCAGCCACUUACGUCAUCGACAUCAGCGCCAUCUAACUUUCUCUUCGACAACAGCUAUUACCAGGACACUCAAUCGAACGGUUACCCUUUAAUUCCUUCCACGACGAGUUACAAAGCUACGUUGCCACUCCCAGGAUACGGUGCGCCGCCGAGUAUAUCCACAUCCGCAGGACCGUCCAAUGGCAUACAACCCUUCCCUGCACAGUGUCGAUUGGCUCAAUAUUAGAACUAGGCCUAUUGUUCGGUACAUUAUCAUCAACAUUUCACCCUCGAUGACUACCCUGAAUAAAAUACUACAUAUACUCUGCAUGUAAUAAAUCUACAUAUGUCAGCAUUGCCAAAUGUUGACUUUUCCAGUGCUUCAUACCUC